AUGACGAACCCUCUCAGAGGGCCCCAGCUGACCGGCUGGUGGGGCCAUCGCGACGAAACCCGAUUCGCCAUGACCGGCACCAUGCAGUUGGCUACAGGAGCGGCUGGUUAUCGCAUCUCGAACCCACCACUCCUGCUGGCUGCCAGUUUGCGGGGUCAACUGGACCUUCUGGCAGGAGUGCCAGGUGGUAUGGAGGCGCUUCGUGCCAAGUCUGUCCUCCUGACCGGCUACUUGAUCCAUCUGAUCACAUGUAGCCGGUGGUCCCUACCUCCCAAUUGCCUUCAGGUGGUCACUCCACGCAGGGCUGCGGAUCGUGGCGCCCAAGUUACUCUGCGAUUUGUGAAUAGGAGUCUGAUGCCCACUUGUUUUAUGCGCCUGAAACGACGUGGUUUCAUUUGCGACUACCGAGUGCCAGACAACAUCCGAGUCAGCCCAGCCCCGCUUUAUAACACAUUUAGGGAUGUCUACCAUUUCGCGGUCAAUCUCUAUGACAUUCUCUCUGAUCUAACAGCCACGACAUAA